GUCACUCUCGCGCGACAAUUCAGUGUUGGCGUCGGACUUUCCAGUCACUCGUUUGAACGAUGCCGAAAGUAGUGUCGCGGUCAGUAGUCUGUUCAGACACCCGGGACCGAGAGGAAUAUGACGACGGCGAGAAGCCCCUCCACGUCUACUACUGUCUGUGCGGCCAGAUGGUCCUGGUGCUGGAUUGUCAGCUAGAGAAAUUACCUAUGAGACCCCGGGACCGUUCCCGUGUGAUUGAUGCUGCCAAGCAUGCCCACAAGUUUUGUAACACAGAAGAUGAGGAGACCAUGUACCUGCGGAGGCCCGAAGGCAUUGAACGGCAGUACAGGAAGAAGUGUGCAAAGUGUGGACUCCCCCUCUUCUACCAGUCCCAGCCGAAGAAUGCACCCGUGACCUUCAUCGUGGAUGGAGCAGUCGUCAAGUUUGGUCAGGGAUUCGGGAAGACAAACAUAUAUACUCAGAAGCAGGAACCUCCUAAGAAGGUGAUGAUGACCAAACGGACCAAAGACAUGGGCAAGUUCAGCUCCGUCACUGUGUCCACGAUUGAUGAGGAAGAAGAGGAGAUCGAGGCGAGGGAAGUGGCUGACUCUUACGCACAGAAUGCCAAAGUGAUUGAAAAGCAACUGGAGCGCAAAGGCAUGAGCAAGAGACGGCUGCAGGAGCUGGCUGAACUUGAAGCCAAGAAAGCGAAGAUGAAGGGGACCCUGAUUGACAACCAGUUCAAAUGAGCAGGACCCGUCUCUGAACCCAGCACGGGAGGCAAGCUUUCCCAUUCUGAGGAGAAUUUUUUUUCUCAUAUAUAGACUGUAUUCCUCAGCAAAAGACUUUAUGUUGCUUCCCUUCCACUGAGACCUGUGUAUUCACUCAGAUCUUUGAAUCCACUUGACCUGCUUUCUAGAGGUGGAGUUUUCUGAAGCUUUCUGUGGAGUGGCCUUCUGUGCUGUCUUUUUUCCAUUUGAUGUAAGCCUCUACAGUUGUGUGGCAACUAUGAAUAGAUCAGUGUUUGAGUGCC